UCGCGCUGUCGCUCCGGCCGCGGGAGGAGGAGGAGGAGGAGAAGAAGGAGGAGAGGGGAGGCACGGGAGGAAGAAGAUGCCGGGGAAGCUGAAGGUCAAGAUCGUGGCGGGGCGCCAUUUGCCGGUGAUGGACCGCGCCAGCGACCUGACCGACGCCUUCGUCGAGGUGAAAUUUGGAAAUACAACAUUCAAGACAGACGUGUAUCCCAAAUCACUUAAUCCUCAGUGGAAUUCUGAGUGGUUCAAAUUUGAAGUGGAUGAUGAGGAGCUGCAGGAUGAGCCUCUCCAGAUCACAGUUCUCGACCACGACACGUACAGUGCCAACGAUGCCAUUGGCAAAGUGUACAUAGACAUCGACCCUCUGCUCUACAGCGAGGCAGCCACCGUCAUUUCGGGCUGGUUUCCAAUUUAUGACACCAUUCAUGGUAUACGUGGGGAGAUCAACGUAGUGGUGAAAGUAGAUCUCUUCAAUGAUUUAAACAGAUUUAGGCAGUCAUCCUGUGGAGUCAAAUUUUUUUGCACCACGUCCAUCCCCAAGUGCUACCGGGCCGUGGUGAUCCACGGCUUCGUGGAGGAGCUGGUGGUGAACGAGGACCCCGAGUACCAGUGGAUCGACAGGAUCCGCACGCCGCGCGCGUCCAACGAGGCGCGCCAGAGGCUCAUCUCGCUCAUGUCAGGUGAACUGCAAAGGAAGAUUGGCUUGAAGGUGCUUGAAAUGAGAGGAAACGCUGUUGUUGGUUAUUUGCAGUGUUUUGAUUUGGAGGGAGAGUCUGGACUCGUAGUGAGAGCCAUAGGAACAGCCUGCACGUUGGAUAAAUUAAGUAACACAUCAGCAUUUUUACCUGCAUGUAACUCCCCAUCCAAAGAAAUGAAGGAGAUUCCUUUCAAUGAAGAUCCCAAUCCCAAUACAUAUUCAUCAGGACCCUCCACCCCUCUGAAAAACCAAACCUAUUCCUUUUCACCUUCCAAGUCCUACAGUCGACAGUCCUCUUCUUCUGACACAGAUUUGAGUUUGACACCCAAAACUGCACCUUCCCCACAGGGACCUAGGAUUUUCCUGUUUCCCAGCUCCCCUACACUCUCUUGUGAUUCCCCACAUCUUAAAAAGUCCUGUCUCCUCCUCUCGGGGUCUAGCAUUAAACCUCUACACUCUAGCCAUGUCAGCCCAGUUGUUCUGAGGAAAAGUGUUUCUUUCACUGAAGAGCUGCUUCUGGCUGCUUCUGGAAUGGGCAGUGGGAGUGCUGGAAAAGAAGGGGGGCCGUUUAAAACUCUUUUAAGACAACAGACUCAGUCAGCUCUGGAACAAAGGGAAUUCCCGUUUUUCACCCUGACCACCUUCCCACCAGGCUUCCUGGUCCACGUCGGGGGCGUUGUCAGCGCGCGCUCCGUGAAGCUCCUGGAUCGCAUCCACAAUCCCGAUGAACCGGAGACGCGGGAUGCCUGGUGGGCAGAAAUCAGACAAGAAAUAAAAUCCCAUGCCAAGGCAUUGGGUUGUCAUGCUGUAGUGGGCUACAGUGAAUCAACCAGCAUUUGUGAAGAGGUCUGUAUUUUGUCCGCAUCUGGCACAGCAGCUGUACUGAACCCUAGGUUCCUUCAGGAUGGCACCAUGGAAGGCUGUUUGGAACAAAGGUUGUCAUGGCAGCCUGGCUUCUUUUCCAUAGGGUCAGAGAAGGGAGAGGUUGAUUUUUUUCCUCAGAGCCAAGAUAGUUCUUCUCUAUUAGGGAUUGAAGAAGCUUCACCACCAGGUUGUGGAUUUUGCCAUAUCCCAUAUGAUGAAUUGAACAUGCCAUUUCCUGCUCACCUCACUUACUGUUACAACUGCAGGAAGCAAAAAGUUCCCGAUGUCCUUUUCACCACAAUUGACCUUCCUGUAGAGGCCAUAGUUGUUGGGAAGGGAUGUCUUAUUCAAGCCAGGUUGUGCCGUCUGAAGAAGAAAGCUCAGGCUGAAGCAAAUGCAACCUCCAUCAGUAACCUGCUGCCCUUCAUGGAGUACGAAGUGCACACACAGCUGAUGAACAAGCUCAAGCUGAGGGGAAUGAAUGCCCUCUUUGGGCUGAGAAUUCAGAUCACUGUGGGGGAAAACAUGCUGAUGGGCUUGGCAUCUGCUACAGGUGUGUAUUUAGCAGCUUUGCCAACACCUGGAGGCAUUCAGAUUGCUGGGAAGACUCCAAAUGAUGGCACCUAUGAGCAGCACAUAUCCCAUAUGCAAAAGAAAAUAAAUGAUACGAUAGCAAAGAACAAGGAACUCUAUGAGAUUAAUCCUCCAGAGUUACCUGAAGAAAUUAUUGGGUCUCCCAUUCCAGAGCCAAGACAGCGUUCCAGGCUGCUGAGAUCUCAGUCAGAAAGCUCUGAUGAAGUUACAGAGCUUGACCUUUCACAUGGGAAGAAGGAUGCUUUUGUCUUGGAGAUUGAUGACACAGAUGCAAUGGAAGAUGUGCACUCCUUACUGACAGAUGUUCCACCACCCUCUGGUUUCUACAGUUGCAACACAGAAAUUAUGCCUGGUAUAAAUAACUGGACACCAGAAAUUCAAAUGUUCACAGCAGUUAGAGUGUCCAGAUUAAGCAACAUUAACCCAACCAAUCAAACACUCAAUAAGAACUUUAAUGAUCUCUGUGAGAAUCUGUUGAAGAGUUUGUAUUUUAAGCUGCGGUCCAUGGUUCCCUGCUGCCUUUGCCAUGUGAACUUCACAGUGGCUCUGCCAGAGGAUGAGCUGGUUCAGAUUGCAGUCACAGCUGUUGCCAUUACAUAUGACAAAAACCAAGCACUACAAGCCAGCAAAGCACCUACAGAAAAAUCACAGCAAAGAGCAUCUACAGACAAUGAAGAACAGCUACAAUUUCCCUUGGAACUUUGCUCUGAUCCCCUUUCUUCUCAACCAUUCUCUCCAGCUAAAGAAGUCCUGGAGGGUGCAAGCUCCCACACAGGUAUUCCUGCUGCUCAGAGAGCAACGUCAGUUGAUUACAGUUCCUUUGCAGACAGAUGCAACAGCUGGAUAGAGCUCAUUAAACUGAAAGCUCAGACCAUAAGGCGCGGAUCAAUUAAGACAACUACUUCCCUUGAAAAAGCGAGUCCACUGGCUGAGGGAUACUUGCGGCACCGUUCUGUCCCGUCGUGCACCAAUUCCACUGUCUCAGUUGUUAAGAUGACACCUCUUUCCUUUCUCCCUGGGGCCAAGAUAACCAAAUACCUCGGGAUAAUCAACAUGUUUUUUAUACGAGAAACCACUUCUUUGCGUGAGGAGGGUGGUGUCAGUGGUUUCCUGCACGCUUUUAUUGCUGAAGUGUUUGCCAUGGUGAGAGCCCAUGUUGCAGCUCUGGGAGGGAAUGCAGUUGUGUCAUACAUCAUGAAGCAGUGUGUUUUCAUGGAGAACCCAAACAAAAAUCAGGCGCAGUGUCUGAUCAAUGUCAGUGGGGAUGCCGUGGUCUUUGUCCGGGAGUCCGAGCUGGAGGCGCUGCCGGCUCCGGCCGCGCAGCCCGCGGGCUCCGCCGGGGACGUCACCACGUGAAGGCACAGCAGGGCAGAGGCUGCUCAGUGGAAAGGUUAUUUCAAACGUGGCAAUGUUUAGGUUUGCAUCUUCAAAGUCAGCGUCUCUCCAUGACAUUCACAGCCAAAAUCCAGGACAAUCACUCUUCUUUUGUUGUCAUGUAACUUAAGUAAGUCAGAGCAGUGAGCUGGCAGGUGUGCUCUGGUUCUUCUGUUGCCCUGUGGAACCAGGUGAAGCACUCACAGGAGAACGUGGAUUAGAAUAGCAGGCAUUUCAUGGAACUGUGGAAGGAAAGGAAAAAUUCUGUUCCAUUUUUGAGCUGUUCAGUGGGACCCUGGUCAGUUGUCACUCAGAGCCAUUUCUGAGUUUGAAUGUUGCCUGGCUCAGCUCAGGGUGGGAGGGAGGUGCCUGGGAAGUCUGUCUUGGGAACCUUUGAUGAAGAAGGGAGAGAUUUGUGUGCAGGCCAAGGAAACAUGGGCUGGACUCUGAAAUUCCUUUACAUCAUAGAGUGUGAAGAGGAAAAAGCAGUACCAAAAAGUUUCAGUUUGAAUUUCUGCUCAUUGAAAGUAUUUUUUCUCAUUUUUGUUGUUGUUUUUCUCUUUGGGAGCUGGGGGGUGUUGUUCGUUUUUUUAAUUGUUUUUAAAAAGCUGCCAGACCACAGUGCUGUGACCCAGGGCAUCCCUGUGGUGUGACAGAAAAACCCCAGAACACAACAGAAGUUCCAGGGUGUGUCUGGUGUUAGUAGAAGAUGUUCACUUCAGUGUUGACAAAGCAGGUCUUCUGUUAUUUAAGACUUCGGGAAAGAAUUGUCCUGAGGUCAGGAUCUGUUUCAAGGAUGACAUAAACAGUCCCCCAAAAAUCAGUUGUGCAGAGCUUAUUCUGCAGCCUCCUUCCUGUUUGAAUGUCUGGCUAAUUGGAGAUUGAUUUAUGUGUGUGACACUGGUUCCUGCAGGUUCCUUUUGUGUUUGGGGUUUUUUUGUUCUUUUCCAGUGCUGUAGCUGGGAAAUAAGGGCACUGCAAAGACAGGAAAUUUGUCAUUUCCAGUAGAAGUUUGAAAGGCGAUGAUACUCUAUUGAAAAAAAAAAACAAAAACAAAACAAAAACACACCAAAAAAAACUUUGAUUUGAAGAUGCAUUCUUGCUUAAUUCUGACAACAUUGUACAUGGAACUUGAACUAAGAUGUAAACUUGAAUGUAAAUAUUCUGUUUAGUGUUCAAAUUAAGCAAUGGCAUGAUUAUUUGUUAAAACUAAUUAUUUCAUUGUAAAUGAGCAUGAAAAUCAUUCUUGCUCAAUAAAUAUCUUUAUAAAA